AUGCUAGGUAACCAAAACAGCUGGCGGCCCCAGUGGACCGACACCAAUAUUAAACCUUUGAAUGUCAUGAGGGCUGCUCACGAGCCCUAUGCCUGGCCGGAGGAGCAAGUGCUCAUCAACCGCCAAGACAUCAUUAGCACCAAGGAUGCCUGGGACAUCCAGGAGUUCAUCACUCGCAUGUAUGUCAAGCAGCUGCUUCGACACCCGGCCUUCCAGCUGCUUCUGGCCUUGCUGCUGGUGGUCAACGCCAUCACCAUUGCUCUGCGCACCAACUCCUUCCUUGGCCAGAAACACUAUGAGUUGUUCUCUACCAUAGAUGACAUUGUGCUGACCAUCCUUAUCUGUGAGGUUCUCCUCGGCUGGUUAAAUGGCUUCUGGAUUUUCUGGAAGGACGGCUGGAAUAUCCUCAACUUCCUUAUCAUCUUUAUCUUGCUCCUGGGGUUCUUCAUUAAUGAACUCAGUGUCAACGCUAUCACCUAUACCCUCAGGGCGCUUCGUCUGGUGCAUGUCUGCAUGGCGGUAGAGCCUCUGGCUCGGAUCAUCCGUGUCAUCCUGCAGUCGGUACCCGACAUGGCCAAUAUCAUGACCCUCAUCCUUUUCUUCAUGCUGGUGUUUUCCGUGUUUGGGGUCACUCUGUUUGGUGCAUUUGUGCCCAUGCAUUUCCAGAACAUGCAGGUUGCCCUGUAUACUCUCUUCAUCUGCAUCACCCAAGAUGGCUGGGUGGACAUCUAUAAUGACUUUCAGAUGGAGACAAGAGAGUACGCAAUGGAGAUUGGGGGCGCCGUCUACUUUGCCAUCUUCAUCACCAUCGGUGCCUUCAUCGGCAUCAACCUGUUGGUCGUUGUGGUGACCACUAAUCUGGAGCAAAUGAUGAAGGCGGGAGAGCAGGGGCGACGGCAUCAGAUAAACCUCAGUGAGAGAGGCAAGCAGGACCUGGAUGGAGGUAACGAGCUGCCCCUGGUGCACUGUGUGGUCGCCCGUUUGGAGAUGUCCGGCGCCCCGCAGGAGCCGCUGUCGGGAGGCCACCUGUCUAACCUCUCAGAAAACACCUGUGACAACUUUUGUUUAGUGCUGGAGGCAAUACAGGAGAACUUGAUGCAGUACAAGGAGAUCCGAGAUGAGCUCAACACGAUAGUGGAGGAGGUCCGCUCCAUCCGCUUCAACCAGGAGCAGGAGGAGGAGCUGAUGCACAAGCACUUGUCACUGAGCCUGUCGGUGGUGAGCGGGUCCUCCCUGGACAUCCGCGACAUGACUUGCCAGCAAGACUUGAUCACAGCGCUCAUCAACAGGGAAAAGGUUCAGGAAUCCAACACAAACAUACUCCUUAACAAACACAAGACCAGCCGCUGAGAGGCAGGAUGGGAGCCAAGGGGCCUGAGCCACACACACCCGCCUGCAUCUUCCUGCAUCUCUCCGUGACUUGGGACAGUCUGGCCUGAGCCCAUCUUCUCCCUUACACUUAGGCAGAUGCCUGAGGCUGUGAAGGAGGUGGCAUCUCCAGGGCUUGUGUCUGUGAACCUCUGGUCCAGAGGAAUUCAGAUGGACAAGGAUGCUGGAUUAGAGAGGGAGCCCCACAGCAAAGAAUGAGCCCAGAAGGGGGGUGCUGGCCAAGGCAGCCAGGAUUUGUCCUAAGGAUGGACUUCCCUGGCCCCCUGCUUUAGGCCAGAGCUAGCUGGGGCCCAAGUGCACCAGGAGGAGAAAGGUGAGGCCAGUGGGGCCAGGCAUCUAUGUAUUGACAAUAAAGUUUUGUGUUGGG